AUGGUGAUUUUUUUUUUUUUUUGUGAGAAGGCGUACGCGGCUGCCGCCUGUGCCCAUUGUUAUCUCGUCUGCUUGCUUAAGCCAUACGUCAAACGACAUGGGUUUUGGUCGCUAAAUGACUUACGAUCGAAACUGAGCUUUUUUCUUUUGUUUUCUUUUUUCUUUCCUUUCUUUCUUUUUUCUUUCCUUUUUGAUUUUUGCUUUCUUGAUCUAUUUUUUCUUUCUUGCUUUCCUUCUUUUUUUAAUUUAAUUUCUUCACUUUUUAAUUUUAUUUCCUUUCUUUUUUCGUCUUUUCCGAUUUCGUUUAUUUUUCAUUUCUUUUUUUUUUUUUUUUACAAAUUCUUCACUUUAUCAACUUCUUCAUUUUCUUUCUUUCUUUCUUUCUUUCUUUCUUUCUUUCUUUCUUUCUUUCUUUCUUUCUUUCUUCUCUCGUGUGAACCUUUGUUCCAACAGCUGUCCUUAACCGCAGGAAAACAGUCCGUUUCUCACCUACCCAAUUUUAGCCUGCCAAAUAUUUUGAAGGUAUUCAGUGGUAGACGCCCUACUGAGGAGAAAGGCGGUGCAGACAAAUCUCCCACUGUUUAA